UUUCCGGCCCUGAUCAUCGGGGGGGGGAGGGGGGCGGCCUCCGGACACUCUUCUGAUGUUGCUGACACGCUCUCGCAGCUCCGUCAACUACGGAUUAGGGAAUGCGUGAGGAAAGGGAAGCACUGAGUUAACGCCUCCUGGAACACAGGUGCUUUAUAGGUGUCGCGGCUCUGGACCAGUCCUCUCCCAGCGACCCUAUCCCUGUCCUCAACCGUCCACCCUCGCUGUCCACCACCCCCUGAGGCACAACUCUUGAACACUAGAAAGCUAAUUCUUGCUGUACUUCGCCCCACUUGCUAAAGCAUCCGAGGCAAUGUCCAGAGCGAGGAUUUGAGAGAGAAAAGAGGAGGAGGAGAAGAAAGAAGAAAGAAGAAAGAAGAAGAAGAAGAAGAAGAAGAAGAAGAAGAAGAAGAAGAAGAAGAAGAAGAAGAAGAAGAAGAAGAAGGAACUGUGGAAAAAUCCAUGAACUAGAGGGCAUCUCUUCGCCGAAUGUCAUCGACCAAGCUCCCUGGAACUUCUGGCUCCAAUAUGAUUUAUUACCUGGUUGUAGGUGUGACAGUCAGUGCUGGUGGAUAUUAUACUUACAAGGCUUUCACAUCAAAGCAAGUCAGAAAUACAGAGCGUGUACCUGCUGUGAAAAAGCAAACCCAAGCAGAGCCACAGCCUCUUCCAGGCGAAAAGGAGCUAGUGGCAGACGCCGGGAAAGCCUCUUCAGAGGCUGGAGACAUUUCUGAAAAGAAAGCUGAAGAAAUUUCUGAAAAGGAAGCUGAAAAAAUUCCUGAAAAGGAAGCUGAAUUGGUAGAUGCUGAGGCUGCAGCCGGGCUUCCAGAGGAGGCUCCGGCCUCCCCGGUCCCAGAGGACGCAGCCGGGCUUCCAGAGGAGGCUCCGGCCUCCCCAGUCCCAGAGGACGCAGCGGGGCUUCCAGAGGAGGCUCCAGCCUCCCCCGUCCCAGAGGCUGCAGCGGGGCUUCCAGAAGAAUGCCCCUCCUCCCCGGUCCCAGAGGCUGCAGCGGGGCUUCCAGAAGAGUGUCCGGCCUCCCCCGUCCCAGGGGAUGCCUCCCCGGUCCCUGCCGAGGGCUCAGCGGGGCUUCCAGAAGAGUGUCCGGCCUCCCCGGUCCCAGAGGAAACAGCUGGGCUUCCAGAGGAGACUCCGGCCUCCCCGGUCCCUGCCGAGGGCUCGGCGGGGCUUCCAGAAGAGUGUCCGGCCUCCCCGGCCCCAGAAGAUGCAGCUGGGCUUCCAGAAGAGGUUCCGGCCUCCCCGGUCCCUGCCGAGGCUGCGGUGGAGACCUCCAGCGCAGAGCCUGAGCCGAAGAUCACCAAUGCUUGCGUGGAGGAGACCACCGUGGCUGACCCUGAACCCACUCCGGAGCGGGAGAGCGCAGCGCUGGACCAGGCUGACGCCUGCAAAGAGGAGGCUGCUAACAGCAACCAGGCCGAAGGUACCACUGGGAACCCAAGUUCUGAGGAGAGCCCUGUGAUAGAAGAAAGCCGCCCUCCCUUAGGCUCAGAACCCUCUGCCCAGCACGAGUCACAAGAAGAAACCGGAGUCACCGCAGAAGCGGCCUCACCCCAAGGCUGAGCUGAAAAAUUCUAUACUUGCUUUUGUAUUUUUAGCAAUUUCAGCCCUUCUUUCUAGAAUUUUAUUUUAAUACACCUUAAAGAUUUUGGCUUUUACUAAUAGAAGCUUGAUUGGGAUUUGGUAUUUUACAUGUCUUAAUAGUUUUCUCCCCUCUAAAAUCAGGCUGUGUAAAGAGCUUAAACAGUGUUAACUUUAAAUUUAAAUUUUACGUUUUAGAAAUUGAGUUAUCUGUGCAACCUGUAUUCACUUUGAUUUUGCUCUGCCUUUCUCUUUCUUUACUUUAUUAAAUGUAAGACUAGAUUAUUGGGUUUGGUGUGACCUCGUUUAAAUAAAAUUAGAAAAUCUUGA